UUACGUAAGACGGAUAGAUGGUACACACGAUCCAUAAAGAUUUCCGGUCUCCAUUUUAUUGUAGCUUGCAGAUACAGACAGGCGGUUCGACGAAGGACAGGAAACGAAUCGACUAUCAGUGUUUGUUUUAAAAUACAUUACGUUUCUCAUUCACGUUUGCAGAGUAUCAAUUUUUGUUUUGAAAAUUGAGGCCUGUUGAAAUGGGAGAUCCAGCCAUGCACCGAGAUUGCCCUCUCGACUGCAAGGUCUACGUGGGAAACCUGGGGAACAAUGGCAAUAAGACAGAGCUGGAGCGGUCAUUCGGCUAUUAUGGGCCACUUCGCAGUGUCUGGGUAGCUAGGAACCCCCCAGGCUUUGCUUUUGUGGAAUUUGAAGAUCCAAGGGAUGCAACCGAUGCAGUGAGAGAACUUGAUGGAAGGACACUAAGUGGUUCCCGUGUGCGAGUGGAGCUGUCCAAUGGUGAGAAACGCACCCGCAACCGGGGUCCUCCUCCAUCGUGGAGCCGACGUCCUCGAGAUGACCAUCGUGGGCGUCGUGGUAGCCCGCCCGCCAGGCGCAGAUCACCACGUAGGAGGAGCUUCAGCCGCAGCCGAAGCAGGUCUCUCUCCAGAGACAGGAAGAGGGAGAGAUCUUUGUCCCGGGACAGGAACCACAAACCCUCAAGAUCAUUUUCUCGAUCAAGGAGCCGCUCCAGGUCUACGGAGAGAAAGUAAGGAAAUGCAUGGCAGUCGAGUUUGAAGGCGAAGAAGAUGAAUGACUUUUUUUUAUUUUUUUUUACAAAUAUUUUAGCGGUUUCGUUUUUGCUUCUCUGUGACAUGUAAGGUAUCCAAUUCCUCUGUAUUGUAAAUAAGUUGGGGUGCAGGUGUAACGCAUGACUAAAAUGGCUGUUAGUCCUGUUAAUGCCAAGACAUACUGUAGUUGUCCCUAAGCAGUAUUCCAUUUCAUCAAUCAUUAUAAGCUUCUCUGUAUUUGUCCAUGAAAGUACAGCUCACGGAAACACACCAUUCUAAAUAGUCUAGUGCUCAAGUCAUGUUCCAUGUCAGCAAGAUUAGUGUGUCUGGAUGUGGUGGAAGGCUAUGGUCAGCUAUCCUAUUGUUGGUUAAUAUACCGAUAUGUUUUCUAAUUGACCUCUAGGACUUCCACUAUUCUUCCAGUUCCUGUUGGUAAAGGUUUGUCUUUGCAAAUAACGGCACCCUUAUUUUGACAAUAGCCCACUGUUUUUCUUUUCCUUGAUAUUUGUACUAUUUGUUAUGUUCUCUGAAUUAAACUAGUUGUAAAAAGG